AUGUGCCAAGUAGAGUUUGAGAUGGCCUGCGCUGCUGUCAAGCAGUUGAAGGGACCUGUGAGUGAUCAGGAGAAACUGUUGGUGUACAGCUUCUACAAACAGGCCACCCAGGGCGACUGCAACAUCCCUGCCCCACCUGCCACAGAUGUGAAAGCCAAGGCCAAGUGGGAGGCAUGGAACGAGAACAAAGGGAUGUCCAAGAUGGAUGCCAUGAGGAUCUAUGUUGCCAAAGUGGAAGAACUGAAGAAAAAUGACAGUGGAUAA